CUUCUAAAGUGAACCGAAUAGCAUUCAACGAAGCUGAUACUAAUUUUUUCCUAUCAGAAGGUUUUGAAAUGCCGAGUAACUAUGAAACUAAUAACAAUUCAGAUAAAAUCUACAGCCAGUUUAUUAGCUAUGAUGAUAAAACUAUGGAGAACUUAAUGAAACUAUUUAACUCAGAAGAAAUCAGAUCUAAUACAG